AGUAGUAGCAAUUAUAUGUCUUUGAUUUGGUUCAAAGGUGUAUAUGUAGUUGCAAUUAUACUUGUCAAAUGAAUAGAUAGCUGUAUUGGGUACUAAGUAGGUAUCAAAUCAAUCCUGUUUUCAUACUACUAAUUCGAGUCAAAUUUUUUGGAUGAUUUAUGUGUCGCAGGUACAUACUCAUACAGUAAAAAUCCUACUUUGCAAGGACUUUGUUGUACGAAAUUCGUCUGGAGACAAAGGCAGAAAGUGAUUAAAGUUUAAUGUGAAAUCUUAAAUACCAAAAUACAUAAUAUUUAAAUUGAUUCCACUUUAAGAUUUACAUAAGCAGGAGAAAGACGAAUCAAAAAUGUGAAAGCAUACUCAACUUUCUAUAAAUACAAACUAAGCAAACCUCGUCACGUGUCUGGACGAUUACAGUUCAUUUACCCAAGUUCCUUAACAAACAAGAUAACGCAGUGUGUCGUAAAGUAAAGUGAUCACGCAUUUGUCUCCAUAAUCAGGUGAAGGAUAGGUACAGAUGUGACCGUGAUGCAAUACUAAUACCGUUGAUGUGGCUGUGCUGUGAGACAAACCCGUGUUCACUUAUGUACAAAAGUGUGUAAUGUGUUGAGUGAAAGUAGCGAUACCGUUUAUAGUAAAUGGUUCCAUUAUUUAUGCCACGUGGGUCUCAUUAGAUGUGAACUUGGUAUUUUGUCUCGUCAACUUAUUAAGUAACAAACCAGACAAGACUAUAAAUGAGAUAAGUGUCGAACAAAGCGUAUGCACACAUUUAUAAAUACGUACAAAGAGUGCGUAGAACACAAAGUCGCAUCUUCCUGUAUCAUGGAUAUUAUCUUCAUACAAGUGGUUUAUGAAAAACUUGUGCUGAAUUUAGGAUGAAUUAUAAUGCUGGUACACAAAUAGUACUACUGGAUACAAUCUAAUUAAUAAAUACAGAAACGUCGUUAUUACAUAGUUCUAUCCACCACUAUAAUUUAUGUGACGAGAAUAAACUUAUCCAAACAAGAUAAAUCAUCAACCUAACAAAUAAAUUAUGCUGUUUUUUUUGGUUAAGCAAUUGCCGUAUAGAUAUGUGUACGAAUGGUAAUGAACAUCUGCCUAGACAGCAGAUUAUAGACAUCUAAAUACUUACAGACAUCUAAUGUGGUUUGUUAAAAUUUUCCGGCGUUACAUAUUUAAAUUAUUUGUCCAUUUCCGAGUAAAUAAUUUUCUGAUGCUGACGGAAGACAAGAUAAUAAACACAUCUGCAUUGUGUGUGACGUGCUAGAUAAAAAAAUCUAAGAGUUUGACGUAACAUUUUUUCGAAUUUGUGAAGAAUAAAAUAGAUAUUUAUAGUGUGAUUACUUACAUCGAUUAAAUGUGUUCUCUGCAAACGGGGACAUUGUUUUACUAAAUUGUUAAAAUACCUGUGAAAUUUGUUGAUUUAAAACGCUUCAUAAUAUUUGUGUCAUGUGUAUCUAACAAAGUGUUUCUAUUUCUGAUUGUAAAAUAAGCCAUUAAAUAGUGAUAUUGUCUUCAUGAACAUGAAAGUGGACAAUAUCGAUAAGAUCGGCACGUACGCAAAACAGUUCUACAUGCAAAUCAAAUUUCCCUAAAAGUUUGUUUAAUGUAUUUCGAUAUUGACAAUGGAUCCAAAUUUUGUGAGGAUAGGGUUAAUUUUGCCGUAUUCGUGUCGUGUGUCAAUCCCCUUAGUGUGCGAAAUGGUCUAAUAAUUUACAUUCAUCGGUAAACAACAUAAUCUGAUUUUUCUAUACAACAUUGUGUUUAUUUUGCAUGUCAAGAAUGUCCAGGUAGAAAAAUAAACUGCAGAAGUUCAUGGCCAUAACAUUUAUAAUAAUAUUCCUCAUUUUGACUUGAAUUACUACAGUAGUCAAAUUACACCCUCUUAGAGAACUAAUUUAUAUUUCUGAAUAUAUUUCAAGGAAUAUUCGCAUAUAAGUGCGUGUAAGUGUUGUUGGACACGCACGCAUCAUGGAAAAUUAUUCAAAAUUUUAAAAAAAUAACUCGUUUAUGUUGCCUACUAUGCUACACAGUUCAAGAUAAACAAACAGUUUGCUGUUACAUACGAACAAAAUUUGUUGUUGGAGAGACUCCAAUACUUUCGCGUGAAUUAUUUACAUUUAGAAUUUUAAUAGCAUUUUGUCUGCUUCAAAAUAUUCUCAAAUGGACAAUGCAACCUCUUCUUGGACAUUCAACACCAUACAGAAGUAGACACAGAAGUAGCUUCAGUCUGCAAUUAUUUUUAUACAUAUUGGCCACAUAAAUGAGCAAGCUUCUCUCCACCUCCUCCAAGCAAUAAGUAUUAAUUUACAACAAAUUGGCCCCCGCUGAGACAAUAUAUAAGCCUCUCGAACCAAUGUGCAGUUAUCAAACUGUGUAAUAAUUGGUUUUAUAGCAUCGCAAAGAACAAUACACCACAAGAUACAAAUAUUGACAUUUUCGCUCAAAGAUUACACUGCGUAUGGACACAUAGGCAACAAAAGUUUGUCCAUUUCAUGCUGUUGCUUAACAGAAGAAAAAUCCUGCUGGAGGUGGGCGCAUUUUGUCCAGAAUUUCAGAGUUAAUCAGAUACAUAGAUCAGAUUAUGGGGAAGGAUUAUCGAAAAUUACAAUUUUCGUGGAAAUUUUGAAAUAUUUGGCACGAGCUCUAAUUUAAAAUGCGGACUAACUGGUUCCUGUUCGAAAUUUGGGUUGCUAUCAGUGUGGCCUUUAUUAUUGGCUACACAGUUGGGUCCGACGAUCUCGAAAAAUGCCCACUUUCUCCAAAAAUACGCCUACUUUCACCCCCCAAUCUGAAGCUGGGAAACAUUCGGAAUGAAUCUGAGGCUGUGUUCAUUGGGCAGAAAGCGAAUGUCACGUUAGAGUGCAGAUCCGUCAAACCGAUUGAUUUUGACUUUGAGGGAUAUUUGGCCCUUGAGCUUCAACAGGUCGAAACAUUUCGAUAUCCACCAAACAGCGAUGACGACCAGGAAUGUUUCGUAAUUCGAGUCAACAUCUCCACAGACCGAGAAGCCACUGGUCAGUACAAAUGUUGGCACAUUGGUAGCGAUGACAAGGAAACCACAGAUAAUGCUGCUGCUGGGUUUUACAUUUAUGCAAAUGGAACCACACCUCCCUUCCUCCUACUUGGCGACCUGGGCGAAGAAAUAACUGUUCAUGCAAAAAAUGCUGACCUUGCCAUUCUCCCAUGUUCAGUGACAAAUCCAAAAAUUCCCGUCGCCCUGUACCGAACUACGCACGAGGGUUUCGAGCGCAUGUCUGAAGGCGAGCAUUUGCGCUACGAUCCGAAAAAUGGAUUCACAAUGCAUCUCAAGAGAAUUCCAGAUCCAUUCGGAAAUUACAAGUGUGUUGCUAAAAAUGAAAACUCGGUCCAAGAUGAGGUCGUUUUAAAACUGGAAGAGAGUGAAGAGACGAAAAUUAAAGGGAAAGCUGCCCUUUUACCGGAAAUGUUUGAGAAUCCUUUCUCCCGUGGGCGAGAUCGGCAAUCCAUCAUGUGCACUGGUUCGCUAGGGCUAGAAGUCAAAACCAGUUCUAAUUGUAGAUCUGUCGUGGAGUGUCGUAUGGUGGACAGGUGUAUGAAUGAGGUCACGACCUGUCCUUCGCACUCCACCUGCAAAUGUUCUACUCUAGGUCAAACCUGUUCAAAAAACCUGGUCAAGCAGUUCUUCGCCGAGGUGAAGCGACCCUUGGACGAGGAGUGCGAGACCGUGGGGAAGAAUGAAAAUGGGGGUGUGGUUGCAUGCACGUCCUCCAAGUAUGUGGAACCCUCUCGGACAACUUACUUCAUUGCAUUGGGCGGAAAGCUCGUCCAAAAUUGGAGAAUUUCUCCGAGGGAGGAAAUUCUCAGUAUGGCAGCCACUUUCGGAACUCAUGUCAUUUACAAUGUUGGCGAAAAGGUACCCUUCACCUGCGUUGCGGCUCGGUUCGUCUUUUCGCGUGGAUUCGUGUGGAAGAUUCAACUUAAAGAUGGGGCUAUGAUUACGGCGAAUGCGACCAGAAUUGGGAUGCGUCUUACGGAUUCGCUGAUAAAGGAGGAUGUUUCAAUCUACAUUUCGAAACCGGAAAUUGAAAAGAUUUUCUGUGAAGCGCCCAUUUGGAACGAGACGAGUUGGAUAAACACUAGUCUGACGAUUAACGUCCGAGACACGGUUGCCCCCACGUUCCUUGAACCCUCCAACGUAACCGUGUACUUUCACCCAAAUGAUAAAAAUAAGACGCUUAUCUGCGAAGCGAAAGGUUUCCCACAUCCGGACAUUUUGUGGUACAGAAACGGAGAGGAAAUUCGAUCUGACCUGAUGUUUGACGUGACAAAAAACAAUUUGACAAUAGCCACCCUGACUUUCCCCGAAGUUGGAGAAUCUGAUCAUGGUGUUAUUUAUUCCUGUAAUGCGUCCAAUCCGAGGGGAAUGGUGUAUAAGACUUUCACCGUUUAUGUCCGAGUGAGCCUGUGGACCAUAAUUUUCUCAAUCCUUGGAGCAGCACUUUUCCUCUGUUUCGUUGUCGUUGUAAUCAUGUCAGUCCAAUUGUUCAAAGGAGGAAGAAAGCCGAGUGGGUACACCUUCUUCUUCACCGACUUUGAUGUCGACGAAUUUAAACUUGGCAAUCCUGAGGCUGUCAAAAAUUAUUCUGAUGUUGGCGAGAAAGCAUUUUACCUGCCGUAUGAUGAAGACGCCUACGAAAUUAAGGAGGAACACUUAAGCAUCGAUUUUGACACGAUCUUGGGCCAAGGCGAAUUCGGGAUAGUUUUAAAAGGAAAAGUCAUCCCGAAUGAGAAUCAGUCUUACACGGUGGCCAUUAAAACGUUGAAAACUCGGGAUAUGCACCACUUCAAAGCUCUGCUUUCCGAACUUAAGAUCAUGAUUUAUAUCGGAUAUCAUAAAAAUAUUGUGAGACUGGUGGGAGCAGUUACGGCACAACUUUCGGAACGCCGGGCAUUCGUCAUCGUGGAAUAUUGCGCUCUUGGAAAUUUGGAACAGUACAUUGCAAAUCGUCGUACCUCAUUCCUUGACGAAUUUGAGGAAAUUUUGCAAGAUAACGACAACCUGAUCCCAGCUGCCGACCCAUCCUACGUCCGAUUCAACUACGCCAUAAAGACGACCGACCUGAUCAAAUGGAGCUACGAAAUUGCUACAGGAUUGGAAUACUUGGCGAGUAAGAAGAUCAUCCACGGCGACGUGGCAUUAAGAAACGUUCUCCUUGAUGUCGGACAAACGGCCAAAGUCACUGAUUUCGGACUUUCAAAACAGCUGUACAAGUGUUCGAGUUACUAUCUUCGGAAUUCAAAGGAUGUUCCCCUCCCUUGGAAGUGGCUUGCUCCCGAAUCCUUAACCGAUCACAGUUUCUCUGUCCUCUCUGACGUUUGGGGAUUCGGAAUUCUUCUUUGGGAACUCUUCAGCUUGGCGGACGUUCCAUAUUUUGGGGUUACCUUUAACACUGAAUUUAUCCAAAAGCUGGCCAAUGGAUAUCGACUGGAUAAGCCACGCUAUUCGAAUAUGGAAAUGUACAGCAUUAUGCGAGAGUGUUGGCGAGAAACACCCACCCAGCGUCCCAGUUUCACAAUGCUAAGAUCCGAAUUCGCCCAACGGCUACCAGCAGAGAUGAUGGAUUCUGAUACGAUUGUUGAAGAGGACAUUGCGGUUCAGAAUGCCACCAACCAUUUGCAAGAUGAAGUCAUGCUGCCGUUGCCGAGUCGGAUCGAAGAACGUCUCCCACUAAGGGUGUAGAAUUUGGAAGACUUAUUAUUACACAUACAUAAAUGCAUUUGAUCGCAUGUAUCUGUGUUCACGCUUAGUAAUCCAUAAUUUCAAUCUUGGUCAGUCAAGUCAAACAGAUUGUAAAUAAGUGGGCAAAAAAAAGAAUGCGUUUAAAACCAUUUUUUCAAUUUCUACAAAUAAAUCCAUUGUUGACAUGAAUAUUAUACGAUACAACAUUAAUACACAAAAUUCUUACAUAAUGGAACGAAAUGUGGUUUCUUUGUGAAUUUUACAAUGAGAGAAAGUACUUUUAAUUUGACUAUUUGACAGGGUGAAAGAGUGUAUAAGGACGAAUAAUGUAUUGCAAUAUUUGGCUGGGAUAAAUGUGUAUAAUACUGAUGAGGCUGAGUAAUUAUAAGUAAUUAAGGACCAUGAUCAAUGUCAGAUACAAAAACAGUAAAUAAGUUAAAUAAAAAAUUUAAAAGCACUACACACUAA